AUGGGUUCCAAACUGGACUUUCUCUUAUUUGGGAACUGCUCAAUCGAGGCCCCAACCAGUGAAGAGCUUGAUAAGAUAUCGCAAUAUCUACCACUCUUGAAAGCCUUUCAUAAAUCGCUCAAGACUCGGUUGAAAGAGACGUGGGACUUUGGUACUGCGUUUGAGGAUCUAGUUAAGCAGGAUACCACGGUUUGGAAGAGUCUGGGGGUAGACCGAUCUCCUCAUUUCGUGCAGCCCAGCGGCUCCAUCAACUCACCCCUUGCCAUCCAUCUUUUCAACCCUACCUUUUUUGUUGCAGAUUCACAAAGUAAGGUGACCGAUGACCCCACCAACCCGACAAUUUGCCUAUUACAUAAAUGUGGUCUAUCAUCUAACCAUUGCUUUAUGUUUGAUGAAAUUUGUCGCCGAGAACGGACCGAUGAUUGUCUUCUUUUCUACAUCGAGGAUUUACGCCGCCCCCACCGAAACUUCAUUCAAAAGGUCCGAGAAAAUAUGUCCGCAGCUGUGGAGAUCUGCUUUGGAGAAGAAGUUUUCAAAGAGAUAUUCAAAACUACUCGUCUAGUUCGUUUUCCUCUGUGGGGAAUGUUCAAGUCUGUGAGACUUUGGAUCGACCUUGGUGGUUCGAAUUCGAGUUCAAUGAAAAGGUUCAUCAUCCAAGCCUAUCACCCUCAAUUCUUCUGUAGGCCCGGACGUUUCGAUAAGACUAGUUCUGAGUUUUUCGAAACUUAUGGAAGAACACAGGAUUUGGCGAUUUUGAUGGCUACCCAGCUUGCUGGAAUCCAGCAUCAAAUCAAGACCAAGCCUAGGUUUUUUGAAUUUCAUUUUGUCCGAGGUCAAUAUUCCCGGCUGAGUGCUAAGCAGGACAUGGAAAGGCAAGAACAUUUACGGGAGGCUCUAGAUGCCUUCCGGGUGGCUUUUCCGAAAACGUUCGAGGAGUUCGAGCUUAGGCAAUCUCGCAGAAAGGAAGAGAAGGACCUAUUUAAAGGGCUAAAAGAUAUAUCCUCCGGAACUCUAGUGCCUAUGCAUACACACCCGAAUGGGCCCAUUUCUGAGCAAGAACAGAUAUUUCGCUUGAAUGCGAGAAAUGACAAAUUGCGUUUGAUUAUUACAUCCUUCGACAAAGUUGUCAAAGACAUGGAUCUUUUUCACAACGAGGAGAGCGAUGAUUACGUCGAGUCUGAGAUUUUCAACUUUGAGGAUAUUUCAACUCCACUUCGAUUAUGGCUCUACUCCCAAGAUGGUCUUAAAGUCCAUGGCUUACCAAUAACAAAUCGAGAGACACUCGAAUUGUCAUUUUCUCUUCUUGACAAAGGCCGUAGAGCCCACCUCAAUAAAUUCUCGACUGAAUAUCUCGCCCGCAUGGUCGGAAUCAUGUACAUUCGGAAGAUCACCCGAACUGAAUCAGGAUUCAAACAAGUCAAAGCGAUCCCCGGGGAGCCCGGCAAAUUGAUUCGUCUAAAAUGCAAGGGCUGCCAGAGGCCCGUUCUGGAUGACGCUUUCCCUUUCUUCGUUGCGGAAUUGCGAAGUUGUUAUCUGAUCGAAGUUGUUCGAAGUGCUCAAAAAGGUGGAAAUGGUUGUGGGCAAAAUGGCUGCAAAGGAAAGCCAGGUCUCGUCCCUGCUAAUCACAUGGUGCAGGAUCAUACUCGUAUGGAAACGAGGGCAAUUUCCCAGACUAAACGCCGCAAGGAAAAUUGGAAGUCACCCCUGUGCCGCACAGGUAAGGACCUGGAGGGCUGUGCUGAGACUGUUCGUGUCCGCUGCAGAGGGUAUGGUCAGGGUAGCCAGAAAAUAGAAUGUGGGCGCGAAAGAGACUACGACACACCAGAGUGGACGAUUCACUCACCCGCUCGCCUCGUUCAACCUCGGCUCAAAUGUGAUUGCGAUGGGAAGGAGAAAGAUCACUACUUUGAGCCCGUGGACAAGGGGAUUGACAUGGUUUCUUUAACAAGCUUACGGAAAAUCUAUCAGGGCUUUUUGGACGCACGCUGUAACUUGGCCGAUUACCCUAAGCUCCCCGAGAUAAUCUUCGACCUCGAGCCAAACGGAGACCCCAAGAAAAAGCCGAGGACAUAUCGACAAAGAUUUGAAUACUUAAAAAAUGCCACAAUGGCUUUGAUUGGCUCGAGGUAA